GAAAUGUCCUCCGAUCUAUCAGUCACUCACUUCCCCAUCCGAAUCCCUCCGUGGACAUUGGUGUAUCCUUCGAGAAAGGUGGGGUCGGAGAAGGGGAGCACCAGUUCACAAUAGGAGUCGUGCAUACGUCGAGGCACAAGUGAAUCGUUGCGCUUGGGGCGGGUUGCUGACGCUGUGUGGUCUUCCGCGUGCAGAACGGACUCGGCCCAAAGUGCGGGGACGCGCAUCGGCAUGAUGCUGGGGCCUUUAGGAACAUCGCACGGGUAUGUUUGAAGUGAUGCACUCACGAAUUUCCAUCUCCUGAAGCUUCAAGCCUCGGAGUUAGAGCCCACAACGCACGUAUGGACGCCAGAAGCUUGUCAAUCUCAUCAAUGUCCCGGGUCUCUUUUGCGACUGUCGUCUGCUGGAGUGUUG